GCAUAGCUGUUUUCUACAACAAAGGCAAUUUACAAUAUCCUAGUCUGUUUUCUGAGUAUUUUGGAACAACAUCUGAAAGAAAAAUGUCUCUGUCUGGUAAGGUGGAGGGAGAGGUAGAAAUUAAGGCACCAGCUGAGAAGUUUCGUGAGAUCUUCAGCGGCCGACCACAUCACAUUUCCAAUGUCUCCCCUGAGAAAGUACAGGGUUGUGCUUUGCAUGAAGGUGACUGGGGCACUGAGGGCUCUGUCAUCUGCUGGGAUUAUGUACAUGAUGGGAAAGCUAAAGUUGUAAAGGAGAUAGUGGAAGCAAUAGAUGAGCAAAACCACUCGGUGACAUUCAAAGUGGUAGCGGGAGAUCUGAUGGAGGAGUACAAGAGCUUCAAAGCCGUUCUUCAAGCCACACCAAAGAGUGAGGGCAGCGUGGUUCAUUGGACCUUUGAAUAUGAAAAGCUGAGCGCGGAUGUUCCAGAACCCAACACUUCUUUGCAAUUUGUACUUGAUCUCAGCAAAGACAUCGGCUCUCACCUUUCCCAGUGAUGAUAAAACAAAAAUAUGGCUGUAUUGCACUACAUGAUCAGUACUGUACGUGUGCUUCUACAUAUAUAUGCAAGAGGUUGAGAGUGUGUAUGCAGGUAAGUUUUAAUUUCGUGUGGGCAUGCAGUGGGCUUGCUGAAGCCUGCAGGCAUCCGUAUGAUUAUGGAUAUAUAUAUAUAUAUAUAUGGGUGAUAUGUACCAUGUGAUCUCUGAAUAAACCUAUUUAUGGCGUUUGGAAUA